AUGUCUUUCCUUCAUAAUCAUUCUUGCGAGUGCGUUAAGUCAGAAUUGGAUUUGUUUGCACUACCGUCUACACAAACUAGCAUUGAAAAUGGAUUGUGGAUUCAUUAUAAACCAAUUUCAUCUCUUGGUGAUGAUGGACCUAUCGAGUUUCAAGUUCCUGGGACCGGCGAUGACUACAUAGAUUUGUCUCAUACAUUACUCCACAUAAAGGCAAAAGUAUUAAAUCAAGAUUCAACUAACUUGGUAUCUACUACAAUAGUAGCACCUGUAAAUAAUUGGCUGCAUUCACUUUUUAGUCAACUUGAUGUUUAUUUAAACCAAAAACUUGUAUCACCUAAUAAUACCUAUGCAUAUCGAGCAUACAUGGAAACCCUUUUAAACUAUGCCCCUGCUGCUAAACAAUCUCAUCUUACUUGUAGCCUUUGGUAUGAGGAUACAGCAGGAAAAAUGGAUUCUACAGAUGGUAAAAACAUAGGAUUUGUUAAAAGACAGGAAUUGAUUAGUGAAAGUAAGGAAAUAGAAAUGAUUGGUCAUCUUCACGGUGACAUUUUUAACCAAGAUAAAUUUUUAAUUAAUGGUGUUGAAAUGAGUGUUAAAUUGGUUCGAUCAAGAGAGAGUUUUAAUUUAACUGUUGGGUCGAACGAUGUAAAGCUUAAAGUUUGCAUUACGGACGCAACUCUUAUUGUGCGACGAGCACGAAUUAAUCCAAGUGUAUUACUCGCACAUCAAAAAGUUUUAGCUUCUACCACUGCUAAAUAUCCUAUUACUCGAGCUGAAGUAAAAGUUUUAACAAUUCCUUCAGGUGUUCAAGGAAAAACUCUUGAUAAUAUAUUUUUAGGACAGGUACCGAAAAGAUGUAUAAUUGGAUUUGUGAACAAUUCUGCAUUUAAUGGUUCCCUUACUAAAAAUCCAUUUAACUUUGAAAACUAUGGUAUUAAUUCUUUCAGCUUAUAUAUUGAUGGUCAACAAAUACCUUCAAAAGCUUUGCAACCAUCUUUUAAUAAUAGCAUAUUUACAUCAGCAUAUCAUACUCUAUUCUCGGGAACUGGUAUUCACUUUCUUAAUGAAGGAAAUGGAAUCUCUUGUGAACAGUAUGGCAAAGGUUACUGUCUAUUAGCAUUUGACUUAACUCCUGAUUUAUCAGCUAACUCAUCAACUCAUUGGAAUCUCAUAAAGCAUGGUAGUGUAAGAAUAGAAGUACGAUUUGAAUCCUCAUUAAUACAAACAAUUAACUGUAUAGUUUAUGCUGAGUUUGAUAAUAUUAUUGAGAUAGAUAAAAACAGAAAUGUUACUGUAGACUAUAGUAGUUAA